GCCGCGCCAACGACGGGGCGCAGUGGCGAAGCUGGCACCCCGCAGCACUGACGCGCACCGACCGCGGACAAGAACCCCUCGGUAUUAACUCAUCAAAAUUCAAUUGACAUUCUCUGAUUCCAUUCACACUUUGCGACACGACGAGAUGGUGACGCUGGUAAUUCAGACGAUUGUGGUGUUGCUGCUGUGUGGCGGGCUGGCUCGAGGCGACGUCCAGACCGAUGUGGAGAAUCUGAGGUCAGCCGUGGUGGUCAAUCAGCUGAUCAUGCAGCAGCAGUCACAGGUCAUUCAGACGCUUCUCAAUAAAUUUCUGGAUCAAGAGUCGGACUGCCCCUACCCCUACAAGAUGGUCAUGGGCGAGUGCUUCUACGUGAGCCAAGUGGAGCGCGAGUGGGAGGAGGCGAGGACCUUCUGCCAGGGCAUGAGGGGCGACCUCGCGUCCCCGAACAACGUCUACGUGCUCUUGGCUUACGUGCAUGACGUGUCAGACGAGUACGCCUUCUGGCUGGGCGCGACGGACCAGCAGGCGGAGGGCGUGUGGCAGUGGCUGGACGGGCGCCCCAUCAGCGACUGGGGUCGUGGGCAGCCCGACAACCAGAACGGCGAGGAGCACUGCAUCCAUCUGGGCAACAAGUACGUCCUGAACGACAACGAAUGCACCAAAUUACGUCGCUUUGUGUGCGAGUACGUCGGGUAAACGCGCGGCGGGCUCUGAGCAGCGGCGUGGCCAGAGUCGAGCGAAUAAAGGGUUAAGUAGAUUUCUUUCUAAAUAUUAAUAUUCCGACAAAGGCAGCUUGUCGACAGAAGAUCAACUUGCGGAGCACCGUAAGGCCCCUCCCCGAGCGGGUUUGUAUUGUAUAAGCGAAUAUUUGUGUAAUCUAAGAGAUUUCUUGUGAAGGCCUCCCCUACCCUUGAAUCUUUUUCCUCUCUCUCGAAAGGGUUACAAGAAAUAUAUUUUGAGAAAGAGAAGGGGAUGGCACUCCUCUCCCGGUCGGAGGCGGGAGGUCGUAGAUUCGGAGAAGUUGGGAUAUUUUGUUUGCUUCGUAACAUGUCAAACAACUGAAUAAAACAGACACAAAAGGGAAAUCUAACUGGCUGUUUCAUUUCGUACUUGUUUCAGAAAGAUUCCCUAUGCCUAUUUGGGAUUAAGCAAGGUUCAGGAAAGUAAUGCUAUAAAACUAAACAAUACAUUGCGUAUUUGAUACUUAGUGAUAACAUUUCAUUUGAUUUUUGAGUUGGAAUUAGGACUGAACUGUGUCAUAUGUUUAUAUCAGACCAUCAGUUUGUUAAUUACGUUAUAUAUACUCCUUGUAUAACCUGUAUUUUGGAUAAAUAAUCUAAUGUUUUCUACCGCAUAAUACAUUUUGUGGAGGAUUUCUUAUACCUGUAUUAUAAGAUUUAUGUUAAAGAAUAUCAUGUAUUAUUAAUAACUGUGUCUACAUAAGCCGCAAUUUCAGAUAUGAAUAUGAGUGAUUCUUGAAGGGUAUCACACGAUUGACAAUAAAUCACCGAUGUAUAAGUCAAAA